UCUGAGUUGAAGGUCAUGGCAGUGUUUCGUCUACUACAGCGACUUGAUCUGUCACGCUGUAGUAAAUUCACCCCCUGUAUAGAUAAAUCCAAAUCUCUUCACAGUUGUAAUUACAGAAGAUUUCCACAGUGCUCCUUUCUGCGACCAAAGACUUUUGGAAUCGGUCCAGGUUACCAGGUACUCUCUGAAACCAAAGUUACUGGUGUCCACAGAUAUGGCCACACCUCUGACGGGUCUGACCAGCAAAGAAGUGAGGCUGGGAACAAGGAAAAAAAGACCACUCUAUCAAAGAACAACAAGAAAGAAAUUAACCACUUCCCUGACGGACCAGACCAGCAAAAAGGUCAGAUUGAUGGCAAGGGAAAGCUUCCUGUGGACAUAUUAUCAGGGAGCAAGGAGAAAGAUGUCAACAACUGGCAGGUUUUGCGCAAUUUGAUGCGUUUUGUUUGGCCAGAAAAUGAUCCUGGAAGCAGGGUUCGAGUGGUCCUUACUGCCUCAUUAUUGGUUGCAUCUAAGGGUGUGACAGUCACCGUACCUUACAUAUUCAAGUGUCUGGUAGAUAACUUGAAUGAGCAAACAAAUGCUUUGAACGUGGUUGGUGAAGCUGCAGAUAUGGUUUUUAUAUUGGUGGUAUCAUAUACUCUUGCGCGUGUGACUGCUAGUGUCUGUAACGAGCUGCGUAACUGUGUGUUUUCCAAGGUAUCCCAGAGGUCUGUGAGGCAGGUCGCAAAUAAAGUAUUCCACCAUCUUCACAGCUUAGACCUCAGCUUUCAUCUGGGGAGGAAAACGGGAGCACUUCUUGAUGCAGUUAACAGGGGGUCUAAGGGCAUCAGUUCCAUCCUAUCUACUUUAGUAGUGAAUCUUAUACCUACCUUAUUUGAAGUCACUCUAGUCACUUGUAUCAUGUAUUACAAGUUUGGUGGGACUCUUGCCUUGGCUACUCUUGGCUGUGUUGGACUGUAUGUAGCUACAACUUUAGCCAUAACUACUUGGAGAACAAAAUUCAGAAAAGCCAUGCAGAGAGCAGAUGAUUUAUCAAGAAAUAGACUGCUUGACUCUUUAACGAACUAUGAAACUGUCAAGUACUUCAACAACGAACCAUACGAGGCAAAACGCUACGACGAACCUCUAGCUAAGUCUGAAGAUUCUAAUAUAAAGAUAGCUUACAGCCUAGCCCUGUUGAAUGGGACCCAGAACUUGAUUUUGAAUAUAGGUAUAUUCACGGGAAUGCUAAUUGCCUGUAAUGGAAUUAAAGAAGGUACGAUGACAGUCGGUGACCUGGUGAUGGUGAAUACACUGCUGUUCCAGCUGUCUCUGCCUCUUAAUCUCCUCGGCUCCAGCUACAGGGAAGUGCAACAGAAUCUCAUUGACAUGCAGAGCAUGUUUAAACUUCUAGGAGAGACUUCUUUGAUAAAGGACAAGCCAGAUGCAGUUGAUUUGGUUUGCACCCCGCAGGAGUCGGAGAUUCGAUUUGAAAAUAUCCACUUUAGUUAUGUCCCUGGCAACCCUAUCCUGCAAGGCCUAUCUUUUACAGUUCCCAGUGGAAAAAGAAUUGCCAUUGUUGGUGGCAGCGGAUCAGGAAAGUCCACAAUCAUCCGGCUACUGUUCAGGUUUUAUGAUCCUGAGCAGGGGAGGAUACUUGUAAAUGGGCAGGACAUCAGAGACCUGAAGAUGGACAGUCUGAGGAAAGAAAUAGGGGUUGUACCUCAGGACACUGUAUUGUUCAACGACUCAAUCUUCUACAACAUAAGAUACGGCAAUGUCAACAAAACUGAAGAAGAUGUUUACUAUGCUGCAAAGCUUGCUGCAGUACACAAGUCUAUUAUGGGCAUGCCUCAGCAAUAUGACACUCAGGUCGGGGAAAGAGGAUUAAAAUUGUCAGGUGGAGAAAAACAAAGGAUUUCAAUUGCGAGGGCAAUCCUGAAAGAUCCCCCUGUGAUUGUGUACGAUGAGGCCACCUCCUCUCUGGAUUCCAUCACAGAACAGAACAUUCUCCAAGCCCUGGACAAUGUGACCAAGAAUAGAACCACCAUAGUUGUUGCUCACAGACUCUCUACUGUAGUUAACGCUGACGAGAUCUUGGUGCUAGAGAAUGGAAGAGUAGCAGAAAGGGGGAGCCACUAUCAGUUACUUUCAUAUCCAGGCAGUCUUUAUGCCGAACUGUGGAGCAAACAGCAUGAAAUGGCCUUAAAAGAUGCAAAUAACAAUAAUGCCAAUGAUAGUAUUAAAACAGAGGAGGACCUGCCAAGCUAAUGCAGGUUUUGCCUCAAACAUUUCUCUUGGACUAGUUUACUCCAGGCAAGCAUAUACCAAUAUUUUGAUACCAGUACUUUUAAAUAAAUUAAAUUUUUUUUUUCCAAAUAUAAAAUCAAUAGACACCGUCAAAUCAAAAUAACUACUUAAAUUUUCACUAUUAAGAUCAGACUAGUAACUUGAAAAAAAUGACAUUGUUUGUGGUCAAUUACUCUGGUCAUACUGUUGCCUUGAACCAGUGGGGUACAUAAUAAAAUCCAAAUAUUACUCUUGGA